AUGAAAAUUCCAACUAACUUUUGGAAACUAUUCUACAUGAAUUUUAUAUUGAUGAUGCAUUUAAGUUUAUGUUUAGCUUUGACUUCAUUGUUACCAUAAAUAGCAGAAUAAAAUGGUUAUAUAGAUUUGGGUAAUUAUUCAAUUCUGGCAAUCUAUAUGGCUGAAUUCAUUUUUAAUAUAUUAUCUCCAGCUUACUUAAAAAACAAAAAAUUCAACAUAGCAUUUACUUUUCAAGCAUUGUUAGUUGUACCUAGUUUUUUUGCUUCUGAGUAAAAUUAAUAGAAAUUGUAGUUAUCUGACAAAUUGUAGAAAUGGAGAUGACAGCGCUUGGAUAUGUAGACCUCAGAUACUUAGUCCAAUAAGCAUAAUUUUUACUUUUAUAUUAGGAGCAGGACUAGGAGGAUACUUUGUUGUAUAAAACUAUUAUGUAAGUUAAUGUGCAACAUCUGAUUCUUCUGAGAUAAUGUUUAGUAUAACAUAUGUUCUGAUGGGUUUUUCUUCAAUGUUAAGUGGAUUUUAUUCUAAUAUGAUGUUAAAACUAGUUUCAAGAUCUACAUUUUUUUGGGUCUCUGGUUUUAUUGAAUUAGGAUUAUCUCUAUUAUUUAUAUUUAUUAGAACUCCAUAAAAAUCUAACACUCUUAUAAAUGAUAUUAAAGUUAAUGAUUCAGAAAUUGAAAAAGAAUCUUAAAUAGUCAAAAAUACAGAAUCUAUAAAAGAAAAUAUUAUAGAUAUGUAUAAAGUCUUUUUGGAUAAGAGUACAUAUAUUUAUUAUCCAUUAUUUUGGAUGACUGGAAUAAUUAUUGGUUUUGAAUAUGGUUUAUUAUAUUAAUUUAUAAAUAAAUCACUAGAAAAUAAUAAUUAUGAUGAAUAAACAAUUAAUGAAAAAACAGCUGAAGUUUAUUUAUUUGUAGGAAUUGCUUAAACUAUUGGUGCUUUAAUGAAUGGAAUCAUAAAAAAAACUUUAAAAUCAUAAACAAGUAUAGUUCUCUAUACAAAUUUAUUAAGCAUAAUUGUUAUUUUGGCAUUAGUGGAAUCCUUUUUAGAUAGUUUCAAGAUAACAAUAAUCCUUGGAUUUUUCUUGUAAAUAAAUAGUCUAUGAUAGGGGAUUAGCUGACAUAAGUGGUUAAUUCAAUUCAGCAAUAACAAUAUCAGAAUAAUACAAAGAUGCUUUACCUGUUUAUGGAAUUUACUUUUGUUUUUAAAAUUUAUCGAUUGCAUUGAUAAUAAUUUAAGCAACAUUGUUAGAAUAUGUACAUUUGGGAUACAAUUUAUUUUUGAUUGGAAUAUCUUAAAUAACAGUGAAUUUGGCAAUGCAUCAUGUAAACAGAAAGAAAAGAGAGUGAAAAUAGAAUUAU